AUGCAGCGUCGUCUGGUCCCCGUGUGGCCAUGGGAAGUUCUCGAGGCUGCUAACGAGAUCCACGGGAAUCUGCGCUCCGUCAAGGACCUUACUACUGGCUGGUACAACCGCUUCGUCGACCGCCAUCCCGAGCUGUCUUCGCGUGCGUCGGAGCCGCUUUCGCGCGCUCGCAAUGAGGUCGAUGCGGCCGCUAUGGGCACGUUUUUCUACGAGCUGACGAAGCUGGUCAUAGACAUCACACUUAUCCCCCUAUUUCUGAGCUAUCUGAUCGACGUACUCCCCUAUUUUUGA